AUGACACACCAGCAGCAGGUAGGCGUAGCUGGUCUCGUAGUAGCUGACGGACAGCCAACCGAAGACGAGCUUGUGCCGUCUCAGACCGAGGGAUACAAGGUUGGCCAGCAGCGAUCAGUAGCAGAGCUUGCCGAGCUCGACAAGGAGGACGAAUCUCUCCAGCGAUGGAAGCAGUCCCUCGGACUGAGCGCCACGGCUGGUGGAGGCACGAAGAAGGUUGUCCCCAAGACUCUCUUCUUGUCCUCUGAAGGGCUGCACAAGCCGGUCGAGAUUGAUCUCACCCGACCCGCUGCAGAGCUCGCCAAGCUGAAGAAGGAGCCAAUGACCAUCAAGGAGGGUGUCGAGUAUUCCGUGGGGAUUACCUUUGUGGUUGAGAACGAGAUUGUCUCCGGCCUCAAGUACCUUCAGGUCGUCAAGCGUUCUGGCAUCAAGGUCGACAAGGUGGAGGCGAUGCUGGGAUCUUAUGGCCCUAAUCCAAAAGGCGAGGUCUAUACCAAGGUCUUUGCGUCCGAGGAGAGCCCUUCUGGGAUGCUGGCUCGCUCCGGCACCUACACCGUUCAGUCUCGGGUCAUGGACGAUGACCAGCAUGUCUGGCUGGAUGUCGAGUGGGGUGAGCUACAUCGGCAUACUGAGCUGAUGACAGGAUUCAAGCUCGCCAAGGAGUGGUAG